AUGCUCAUUAUGAUUGCUUGGCCUGUGGCCGGAGCGAUCCUCUUGUCAACCAUUUCAUUGAUAGCACUCUUUCAAUGUGGAGCAAAAAAAGCAGCAACGAAAGCAGCACCCGCACCAGGAUUGGCCGUGCAGCCAUUGCGACCUGAAGAUGAACAGAAAACACAACCUCUCGAGGAUGAAGGACAACCUGCAGGAGGUGCUGCAGCAGCGGGAGAGAAGAAAGAGGAAGGAGGUGAGAAGAAGGAAGGCGAGAAGAAAGAGGGAGAGGAAAAGAAGGAGGGAGAAGGUGAGAAGAAAGAAGGGGAGGAAAAGAAGGAGGGAGAGGAAAAGAAGGAGGGAGAGGAAAAGAAAGAGGGAGAGGAGAAGAAAGAAGGAGAGGAAAAGAAGGAGGGAGAGGAAAAGAAGGAAAGUGAUAAGAAGGAGGAAGGAGAAAAGAAAGAGAGUGAAAAGAAGGAGGGUGAGGACAAGAAAGAGGAAGGUGGUGAUAAGAAGGAAGAGGGAGAGGACAAGGAAGGCGGUGAUAAGAAGGAGAGUGGCAAGAAGGAAGAGGGCGAUAAGAAGGAGGAAGAAGGAGAAAAGAAGGAGGAUGACGAGAAGAAAGAGGGCUCUAAAGGUUCGAAGAAGAAAGAUGAAUCCAAAAAGGAAGGCUCGAAGAAAGAGGGUUCCAAGAAAGAGGGCUCCAAGAAGGAAGGAUCGAAGAAGGAGGGUUCCAAGAAAGAAGGAUCCAAGAAGGAAGGAUCGAAGAAAGAGGGUUCCAAGAAGGAGGGCUCCAAGAAGGAAGGAUCUAAGAAGGAGGGUUCCAAGAAAGAAGGAUCUAAGAAGGAAGGCUCAAAGAAGGAGGGAUCGAAGAAGGAGGGAUCGAAGAAGGAGGGAUCUAAAAAGACACAAGUUGAUGAGGAAGAGGCAAAGAAGGAGGAAAAUAAAGAGGAAAACAAAGAGGAAAAGAAAGAUGAGAAAAAGGAAAGUGCCAAAAAGGAGGAGGAGAAGAAGGAUGACGAGAAAAAGGAUGAUAAAAAGGAAGAGAAGACCGAUAAGAAAGAAGAUGAAGGAGAGAGUAGUAAGAAGGAAGAGGGAGGUGACGAUGAAAAGAAAGAAUAA